AGGAGCAGUAGGGGAGACAGCAGAGAGAGAGGGGCAGAGAGAGAGAUCGGGGGCCGCUGAUAUAGUCCCAAAAUCCACACUUUCAAAAAGUGUUGCGUCCCCAGGAGCAGAGCGGAUGGAGAACGCCCACACCCAGGAGGCCACUGCGUGCCUGGCUCACUUCAGUGUGAGCGAGAGCACAGGCCUCGCUCCCGACCAGGUGAAGAAGAACCUGGCCAAGUAUGGCUAUAACGAGCUGCCUGCUGAGGAAGGUAAGUCGAUCUGGGAGCUGGUCUUGGAACAGUUUGAAGAUUUGCUGGUCAGGAUUUUGCUGCUGGCUGCUUGCAUCUCUUUUGUCCUGGCCUGGUUUGAAGAAGGGGAAGAGACAGUCACGGCUUUCGUCGAACCCUUCGUCAUCCUCCUCAUCCUCAUCGCCAAUGCAGUGGUUGGAGUUUGGCAGGAGCGCAACGCAGAGAGUGCCAUUGAAGCGCUGAAGGAGUACGAGCCAGAGAUGGGUAAGGUGUACCGUGCGGACCGCAAGAGCGUGCAGAGGAUCAAGGCCAGGGAGAUCGUGCCCGGAGACAUCGUGGAGGUGUCCGUUGGUGAUAAGGUCCCUGCUGAUAUUAGAAUCACCUCCAUCAAGUCCACAACUCUGCGUGUGGACCAGUCUAUUCUCACAGGAGAAUCUGUGAGCGUGAUUAAGCACACAGAUUCAGUUCCUGACCCCAGAGCCGUCAACCAGGACAAGAAAAACAUGCUCUUCUCAGGCACCAACAUCGCUGCUGGCAAAGCCGUCGGCAUCGCCGUUGCCACCGGCGUCUCCACGGAGAUCGGUAAGAUCCGUGACCAGAUGGCGGCGACGGAGCAGGAAAAGACGCCGCUACAGCAGAAGCUGGACGAGUUCGGCGAGCAGCUCUCCAAGGUCAUCUCGCUCAUCUGUGUCGCCGUGUGGAUCAUCAACAUCGGCCACUUCAGCGACCCCGUGCACGGCGGCUCCUGGAUCCGCGGCGCCGUCUACUACUUCAAGAUCGCCGUGGCGCUGGCCGUGGCUGCCAUCCCCGAGGGUCUGCCUGCUGUCAUCACCACCUGCCUGGCACUGGGCACACGGCGUAUGGCGAGGAAGAACGCCAUCGUGCGCUCACUGCCCUCCGUAGAGACACUGGGCUGCACCUCCGUCAUCUGCUCUGACAAGACCGGCACCCUCACCACAAACCAGAUGUGUGUGACCAAGAUGUUCAUCAUUGAGAAGGUGGAAGGCACCUCUGUGACGCUAGAUCAGUAUGACAUCUCUGGCUCCAAGUAUACUCCUGAGGGAGAGGUAACUAAGCAUGGAGCACCUGUACAGUGUGGUCAGCAUGAUGGUCUGGUGGAGCUGGCCACUAUCUGUGCCCUGUGUAAUGACUCCUCUUUGGACUACAACGAGUCUAAGGGCAUCUACGAGAAGGUGGGUGAGGCCACUGAAACAGCGCUGUGUUGUCUGGUGGAGAAGAUGAACGCGUUUAACACUGAUGUCCAUGGCCUGUCCAAGGUGGAGAGGGCAAAUGCCUGCUGCUCUGUCAUCAAACAGCUGAUGAAAAAAGAGUUCACGCUGGAGUUCUCCCGUGACAGAAAGUCCAUGUCCGUCUACUGCUCCCCCACAAAGGCCUCCAAAGCCCCACUGGGCAACAAGAUGUUUGUCAAGGGGGCACCUGAAGGGGUGAUUGAUCGGUGUGCUUACGUCCGCGUGGGCACCACCCGCCUGCCCCUGACCGGGCCCGUGAAAGAGAAGAUUCUGGCGGUCAUUAAGGAGUGGGGCACAGGUCGCGACACCCUGCGUUGCCUGGCCCUGGCCACCCGGGACAGCCCUAUAAGCAAGGAGGAGAUGAACCUGGAGGACUCCACCAAGUUCGUCGAGUAUGAGACGGACCUGACGUUUGUGGGCUGUGUGGGCAUGUUGGAUCCCCCUCGUAAGGAGGUCAUGGGCUCCAUUCAGCUCUGCAAGGCUGCUGGCAUCCGGGUUAUUAUGAUCACUGGUGACAACAAAGGAACUGCAGUGGCCAUCUGUCGUCGCAUCGGUAUCUUUGGUGAGGAUGAGGAUGUGAUGGGCCGAGCCUUCACAGGCCGGGAGUUCGAUGACCUGCCACUAGCUCUGCAGAGAGAGGCGGUGCGUCGGGCCUGCUGUUACGCCCGCGUUGAGCCCUCCCACAAGAGCAAGAUCGUGGAGUUUCUGCAGAGCUUCGAUGAGAUCACCGCCAUGACUGGCGAUGGUGUGAACGAUGCCCCUGCCCUGAAGAAGGCGGAAAUUGGCAUCGCCAUGGGCUCUGGCACUGCUGUUGCCAAGUCAGCCUCGGAGAUGGUCCUGGCCGACGACAACUUCUCAUCCAUUGUGGCAGCUGUGGAGGAAGGCCGAGCCAUCUACAACAACAUGAAGCAGUUCAUCCGCUACCUCAUCUCCUCCAACGUGGGCGAGGUGGUCUGUAUCUUCCUGACUGCUGCUCUUGGUUUGCCUGAGGCUCUGAUCCCAGUACAGUUGUUGUGGGUGAACCUGGUCACUGAUGGACUUCCUGCCACAGCUCUGGGCUUUAACCCCCCUGACCUGGACAUCAUGGGCAAGGCACCCCGCUCCCCAAAGGAGCCCCUCAUCUCUGGCUGGCUCUUCUUCAGAUACCUGGCCAUCGGAAGUUACGUUGGCGCUGCUACAGUAGCUGCUGCAGCAUGGUGGUUCAUCUAUGCUGAUGAUGGCCCCAUGGUUACCUUCUACCAGCUGUCCCACUUCAUGCAGUGCACCGCCGAGAACGAGGACUUCGCCGACAUUGAGUGUGAGGUGUUUGAAUCUGCCCCCCCCAUGACCAUGGCUCUGUCUGUGCUGGUCACCAUCGAGAUGUGCAACGCACUAAAUAGCUUGUCAGAGAAUCAGUCCCUGGUCCGCAUGCCGCCCUGGAGUAAUAUCUGGUUGGUGGGCGCCAUGUCUCUGUCCAUGUCUCUACACUUCAUGAUCAUCUACAUUGAUCCUCUACCUGUGAUUUUCAAGUUGACUCACCUGACCCUGGAUCAGUGGGUGGUCGUAAUGAAGCUUUCACUCCCGGUCAUCCUCAUUGAUGAACUGCUCAAGUUUAUUGCUCGAAACUACCUGGAGCAGAAAGAUGACAACCUGGUGUCGAAAAAAUGGGACUGAACACUAGGAGGGCAGGAAACAGAAGAGACGAAGAGGCCAAUGAUGAAGCGCACCAAAGAACAAGGCUGCUUAGCAACUGGGAAAGGAGUUCACCAACUAACCAAUCACUUUACAGGGAUCAUCAUCAAGUAACCACACCCCAAAAUGGGAAAUAUAUAGAAAAAGAGCUAAACAAAUUUGUUUGAUUGUAUUGUGAUUUAAAUUAAUAUAUAUUUAUAGAAUAAUAAACAGUAAUCUGAUAUUCUAAUGAUUCUAUUAUUUUAAAAAAAUAAAGAUAUAUAUUUAA